AUUACGCGCAUUACGCACACGCCGUCUGAAAUUUGAUUCGAGUUUAAAAGGCACUUGCAACUGUCAAAAGCCAGCGGAGAACGACGGGCAUCACAGCACCCGAAAGGAGCACAAAAGCACUAGUGCGGAGCCCCAUCCUAGGUGUCCACUUUGCAUCGUCCCGCCUGGCUCUCCGGGUCAGGCGCGCAGCGACGCGGUGCCAUGCGCCCUGCUAGCCUCGCGCUGCUCCCCGUCGUAGACACCGGAGAAAACCAAUCUUGCGCAUUCGUUCAUGCGUGUGAGCCAACCAUGGGGACACCGGACAACUUCACGGUCAGCACGGUGAACGGUUCGGAUCCGUUUGCGCGCAACGAGGAGGUGGCCAAGCUGGAGAUCGCCGUGCUGAGCAUCACGUUCCUGGUGGCCGUGGUGGGGAACGUUAGCGUGCUGCUGGCCAUGUACAACACCAAGAAGAAGACGUCGCGAAUGCACCUCUUCAUCAAGCACCUGAGCUUGGCCGACCUGGUGGUGGCUUUCUUCCAGGUGCUGCCGCAGUUGUGCUGGAAGGUCACCUACCGUUUCUACGGGCCAGACUUCCUCUGCCGGAUCGUGAAGCACCUGCAGGUGAUGGGGAUGUUCGCCUCCACCUACAUGAUGGUGAUGAUGACCGUGGACCGCUACAUCGCUAUCUGCCACCCGCUUAAGACCCUGCAGCAGCCCACGCGGCGGUCCUUCAUCAUGAUCGUGUCCACCUGGGUAGGCAGCCUGUUGCUCAGCGCACCGCAGUUCUUCAUUUUCUCGCUGAGUGAGAUAAAGAACGGCUCGGAUGUGAUGGACUGCUGGGGCCACUUUGUGGAGCCGUGGGGUGUGAAGACGUACAUCACCUGGAUCACGGUGGGGAUAUUUCUGAUCCCCGUGUUCAUCCUCAUGAUCUGCUACGGCUUCAUCUGCCACAGCAUAUGGCAAAACAUCAAGUAUAAGACGAAGAAGUGCACGUCCGAGUCCGGGGCCCGGCAUGGACUUAUUGGGAAGAGUUCUGUCAGCAGCGUGACGACCAUAUCUAGAGCCAAGCUGAGGACCGUGAAGAUGACUUUUGUGAUUGUCCUGGCCUAUAUCGUGUGCUGGGCGCCGUUUUUUAUCGUGCAGAUGUGGUCUGUGUGGGAUGAAAACUUCAAUUUGGGCGACUCGGAGAACCCCGCGGUGACGCUGUCGGUGCUGCUCGCCAGCCUCAACAGCUGCUGCAACCCCUGGAUCUACAUGAUCUUCAGCGGCCACCUGCUGCAGGACUUCGCCCACUGCUUCUCCUGCCUGUGGCCGCGCGACCGCCGCCUCAAGUCCAAGGAGGACUCGGACAGCAGCGUGCGCCGCACCACCCUCCCCACCAAGAUGAGCACCCGCAGCCCCCCCUGCAGCAGCGGCACCUGGAGGGAGCUCGACAACUCGCCCAAGUCCUCGCUCCCCUGCAUACCAGCGGAAUAACGCCACCGCCCCCCCCCCCCCCCCCAACAACCGGAGACCACUCUGUACGACUGGGGAGACUUAUGAUGGGGUGGUGUGGUGGCGGAGGACGGAGUGAUGACAGCCCGCCAUGGCUGAAGGUGAUGAGAUGAUUGUGUUUUAAUGGAUCCCUGCUUGUUAUUGCCAACAACAGCAAGCAUCUGGGGAAGAAUGGCGGUGCUUCGGCUGAUUGCCGAGGAGAGGCCGAGCCAAG